AUGAAGAUGAGACGCCACAAGCUCUUUUUGACUCUGUGCAUGGCUGGUCUCUGCCUCAUCUCCUUCCUUCAUUUCUUGAAGGCCCUCUCCUAUGUCACAUUCCCCAGGGAGCUGGCAUCGCUUAGCCCCAACCUCGUCUCUAACUUAUUCUGGAACAAUGUACCGGUCACACCUCAGGCUAGCCCUGACUCUGGGGGUCCAGAAAUUCUCCGUACCCCAUUAUAUUCCCACUCACCACUGCUUCAGCCUCUCUCCCCAAGCAAAGCUGGUGAGGAGCUUCACAAAGCUGAGUUUGUGCUGCCUGAAGACACCACAGAAUACUUUGUACGCACGAAAGCUGGUGGUGUUUGCUUCAAGCCAGGUACUAAGAUAUUGGAAAAGCCACUAGCAGGACGUCCAGAGGAGAAGAUAGAGGGAGUUAUAUCGGGGCGCACAGGCCGUAAACCUCUGAGUGCCAGUGGGACAAAACGACGUAAAUGGGUGGAGUGCAUGUGCCUGACAGGUUGGCACGGACCCAGCUGUGGUGUUCCCACUGUGGUUCAGUAUUCAAAUCUCCCCACAAAAGACCGCCUGACACCACGCGAGGUGCCCAGGAGAGUCAUUAAUGCCAUCAAUGUGAAUCAUGAAUUUGACCUCUUGGAUGUGCGUUUCCAUGAACUAGGUGAUGUGGUGGAUGCCUUUGUGGUUUGUGAAUCAAACUUCACAGCAUAUGGUGAACCACGCCCUCUCAAGUUCCGUGAGAUGCUACUCAAUGGCUCCUUUGAUUACAUCCGCCACAAGGUGCUCUAUGUCUUCCUGGAUCACUUCCCCCCUGGUGGCCGUCAGGAUGGCUGGAUUGCUGAUGAUUAUCUGCGUACUUUCCUAACUCGAGAUGGCAUCUCUCGCUUCCGUAAUUUGCGCCCUGAUGAUGUUUUCAUUAUUGACGAUGCGGAUGAAAUCCCAGCCCGUGAUGGUGUGCUUUUCCUCAAACUCUAUGAUGGUUGGACAGAGCCUUUUGCCUUCCACAUGCGCAAAUCUCUCUAUGGAUUUUUCUGGAAGCAGCCUGGCACUCUAGAAGUGGUUUCUGGUUGUACAGUUGGAAUGCUCCAGGCUGUUUAUGCCACUGAUGGAAUUCGCCUCCGUCGGAGAGAAUAUUAUACCAUGUCAGGCUUUCGGCAGUAUGAAAACAGCACAGGCCACAUCCUAGUACAGUGGUCACUGGGCAGUCCACUCCACUUUGCUGGCUGGCAUUGCUCUUGGUGUUUUACACCUGAAGGAAUUUAUUUUAAACUGGUUUCAGCUCAGAAUGGGGACUUUCCCCGUUGGGGUGACUAUGAGGACAAGCGAGACCUUAACUAUAUUCGGGAGUUAAUUCGGACUGGUGGGUGGUUUGAUGGUACCACCCAGGAGUAUCCACCUGCAGACCCCAAAGAACAAAUGUAUGCCCCCAAAUACCUUUUGAAGAAUUAUCAACGGUUUUGUUACUUGUUGGAAAAUCCCUAUCAGAAGGCAAAGGGAACAGGGUGAGGGGAGUGGGCUUGCAUGAGAAAACAGGAUCUUUUGGGAAAAAAGGGAAAGUCAGACUGUGUCUUUUGUUUC